GGAAACAAAAAGUAGUAGUCCGUUAGGAGCAUAUGAAAAGUCACGGACAGAGAAAAGCACUUUCGAGACAAAAACAAAAACCAAAUAUGAGAAAAUUCUGAGAUAAGACUUCGAUUCCAACAUUGCAACGGCUUGUGCAACUGAACAAAUUAGAGAAGACGAUGCUUCAAGGGAUGAGAAUGGUAGAGAGAGAGAGAGAGAGAGAGAGAGAGAGUGAGUUUAGAGAGAGAAACAGCUGAUGCAGAGUAGAAGAAGAAGAAGCAGAGCAGAAACAGAAGAUUUUGGAUUGGAAGCUGAAACAAAACUACCCAAAUGUUGUCUUGCUCACCAGAGAAAUCUCCGAGCUGGUCUCGACUCUGGCUCAAGAACAAGAAAGCUCUCAACCAUGUAGUCUUCGCUAUGAAGCUCCAAUCUCUCUCCAAACCACCUCUCACCAAUAUCACCCCUGAAUCUGACAAAACCCUAGUGUUCGAUCGCUCAAAGCUCGUCUCAGAUCGAACCUCACUCCUCUCCGACGAGCUUCUCCUCCGAAUCCUCUCCAAACUCCCCCAAUCUCAGAGAAAUUCGAUUUUUCUAGUCUCCAAACGGUGGUUGAAUCUCCAAGGCCGUCUUGUUCGAUCCCUGAAGCUUCUUGAUUGGAACUUCCUCAUAUCGGGUCGAUUAUUUGCUCGAUUUCCAAAUCUUAUUCAUGUUGAUUUGGUUCAUGGAUGUUUUGUUUCGCCUCGAAACGCAGGUAUUCUGUUGAACCAUAAACUAGUUUCUGUCCACAUUGAUUCGAAUGUUUCUCCAAAUGGGUUUAUACCACAGAAUUCCAUGUUGUCAGAUGAUAAAAUUGAUUCUGGAUUGAAAGUUUUAGCUAGUGGGUAUCAAAAUCUUAGAAAACUCAUGGUUGUUAAUGCUAGUGAAAUGGGGUUAUUGGGUGUUGCUGAGGAGUGUCCUACAUUGCAAGAAUUGGAGUUGCAUCAGUGUAACGAUCAUGUUCUGCGUGGGAUUGCGGCGUGUCAGAAUCUUCAGAUAUUGAAAUUGAUUGGUUUUGUUGAUGGGUUUUAUGGGUCUUUGGUUUCAGACAUUGGUUUGACUAUAUUGGCAGGUGGGUGUAGGAGAUUGGUGAAGCUUGAGCUCAGUGGAUGUGAAGGAAGCUAUGAUGGUAUUAAAGCAAUUGGGCAAUGUUGUCAAAUGCUUGAAGAGUUGACUCUAACUAAUCAUAGGAUGGAAGGUGGGUGGUUGUCAGCUCUUUCCUAUUGUGAGAAUUUGAAAACUUUGAAGUUUCAAUCAUGUAAGAGAAUUGAUUGUAGUCCGGAACCUGAUGAGCAAUUAGGUUCUUGCUCGACGCUUGAGUGCUUGCAUUUGGAGAGGUGCCAAUUACGGGACAAGCGGAGUGUGAGAGCAUUGUUUCUUGUAUGUGAAGCUGCUAGGGAGAUUGUUUUCCAGAACUGUUGGGGAUUGGACAAUGACAUGUUCAGCAUUGCAGGUAUCUGCAGGAGGGUGAAGUCCCUGUCUUUAGAAAGCUGUUCGCAGCUAACAACUCAAGGCCUGGAGUAUCUGAUUCUUUCUUGGAAGGAGCUUCAAAGGCUCCAAGUUGUAUCUUGUAACAAUAUAAAGGACAGUGAAGUAACUCCUGCGCUUUCAGCUUUGUUUUCUGAUCUCCAAGAAUUGAAGUGGAAUCCUGAUAGCAAAUCUCUUCUUUUGUCGAGCUUUGUGGGGUCUGACAUGCGAAAGAGAGGUGGCAAAUUUUUAAAGAAGGCAUGAGACUCAACACCCUGUACCUGAUGUUUAAAAUCUGAUUUUCUGAUUAUAUACUUGUAUGAUUCACUUGGUGGAUGCAAAAGCUCUCAUUAUUGUACUGUACCAUAAUACCAUUAUUUAUUUGGAUGAUUCACUUGGUGGAUGAUCAACAUGUAUUUUGAUUGCAGAAGAUUAUAUACAUUUUUUAUGUAGUAGAAAAUGGGUAUUUUGAAUUCUGUAAACAUGUCAGUGACCUACCCCUGUUCAGUGUUGUUCGGGAGGGUCACCGACUCACCACAUCCACUUUGAUAAGUAUGUUGAUUAACACCACUGUUUAGCAUUGCUGCAGUUUUAUGAAUACUUUUAUUGCCUUCUUUCGCCUCA